AUGGAAGCACCAAAGACAAUCGAGCAUCAAAUUGGCGAAGUCCAUGAUUCUCUUCGAUUCGGCCUUGAUGCCAAGAGAGGCAACAUCAUUGGAUCUCACCCACUUGAAUCUGUCUUGCUCUCUGUGGAGAGAAAUCAAGAUGACAUGAAGAGAAUAACACUUGCAAACGUUUAUGGCGCAGCUUUUCCGGUUCAGAUGGAUAUGGAAAGGCAGAUUCUUUCUAGAUUCCAGAGGCCACCAGGACUCAUGCCAUCUUCAAUGCUCGGAAUGGAGGCUUUGACAGGAACUUUGGAAGAUUUUGGUUUUGAGGAUUAUCUGAAUGAUCCUCGCGAGUCUGAAACUUUCUGUCCAGUGGACAUGCAUAGUGGGAUGGAAGUUCGUCUUGGAAUGUCGAAAGGACCAGCCUGCAAAAGCUUCAUGUGA